CGAACGUUGUAGACGCGCCGUAACGGAACGGGAACGCUUUCCAUUUGUCGUGCUUAUCGUCACAUUUUUUUUUGUUAUUGUUUUUCAUGUUAAGUGAUCAUCUGAUAAUAAGUAUUAUAAUCUAUGCGAGUUUGUUAUGCAAAAAUUAAAAAAAUUUUUCGCUGAAAAGUUUCUUGUGUCUGCUAUUUGCCGGACGAAAAAAAGACCGCCAAUUUAAGCGGUAAUUCAAAACAAAACAAGAAGUUAGCAGCAACUACAACAAGUGCAUAGGAACAAGACAACAAUAUUUAGAAGAAGUCAAGCAACAGCGACAACAGCGCUGACUACCUGUUGUUGUUGCUAUCGCUGUUGUCGACCUGAGUGGAACAGCAACAAAGAUGAAGCCGGCUGUGAGCCUUAGGCACAUUGGUCGUUAUCUUUUAUUGUUAACAUUUUGUGUCCUCACCUGGACAUUCAAUUUGGAGCAACGGCAACCGCUAAUCAAAUACGGCCAUCCACAUUCAUAUUUUGGCUACUCACUGGCCACGCACACAAUCGGCGAAAUCAAAUCGUCCAACACGACAAAAUGCUUACUCGUAGGAGCUCCACUGGAUCGAAAUAAACAGCCAAAUACCACGCAAUCGGGAGCUUUAUACAUGUGCCCGAUAACCACGGACUACGACGAUUGCGAACAGAUCAUAACGGACGGCCGACGAUCAUCUGGCGGAGCUUAUGAACCUACCUACGAUGUCGACGAGCUAAUACCGCCAUCUAGCGACGAGAUCAAGGAGGGUCAAUGGUUGGGCGUCACUGUACGCUCCCAAGGACUAGCCAGCAAGGUGCUCGUCUGUGCGCAUCGCUAUGUGACAAUACAGCGUGAGAACCGCUAUGGACAGGGUCUCUGCUAUGUGCUGACUAACGACUUACAAUUCGACGAGGUCUACGAGCCGUGCAAGGGACGUCCCACUCAAAGGCAACACGAGGACUAUGGCUUCUGCCAGGUGGGCACCUCGGGCGCCCUGCUGGAUGACAAUACAAUGGUGCUGGGCACUCCGGGCCCCUUUACAUGGCGCGGCGCCAUAUUUGUGACAGAGGUUGGUGGCGAGUACCUGCAGCGGGACAAGAACAUGUACUACAGUGACCACUCGGAUGCCUCAUCGCCCGUGGACAAGUACAGUUAUCUGGGCAUGGCCGUCACAGGGGGUCGCUACUUUGGCGAGAGGAUGUCGUAUGCGGCUGGCGCGCCACGCUCGAACGGCCAUGGUCAGGUGGUUAUCUUCGACAAGGCCAACACGAGUCCCAUUCCCGUGCACAUGAUCAUCGAUGGGGAGCAGUUCGGCUCGAGCUUCGGCUACGAGCUGACGACGGCAGACAUAAAUGGGGAUAAGAAGCCAGACCUAAUUGUUGCGGCGCCCUUCUACUUUUCGAAGAGCGACGGAGGCGCUGUCUAUGUGUAUCAGAACGACAACGAUAUGCUGCCCAAGAAGGCGACUCUGCGUCUAACCGGCGCCCCGGAGAGUCGCUUCGGUCUGGCGCUGGCCAAUAUUGGGGACCUCAACAAGGACGGAUGCGACGACUUGGCUGUGGGCGCUCCCUACGAGGGCGAUGGCGUUGUCUAUGUCUAUCUCGGUUCGCGCCAGGGCCUCAACAAUAAGCCAUCACAACGCAUCCAGGCCUCCGAGGUGGGGCGCAAUCUGCCACAGCCUCUGACUAACUUUGGCAUCUCCAUAGCGGCCAAUACGGAUCUCGAUGACAAUUCGUAUGUGGACCUGCUGGUGGGUGCACCGCCAGCUGUUGUGGUGCUGCUCGCACGACCCAUCAUCAAUAUUCAGACGUCGUACCGGAGCACUGAGCUGCGCAACAUCGAUCCGAAUCGGGCUGGCUGCCGCGAGGAUGUGACCACGAAUCUGACGUGCUUCACCUUCGAGGCAUGCAGCAGCAUCGAUCCGCACGAGCAGCAGAGCAACGAGCUCAACCUCACCUAUACCAUUGAGGCGGAGACCUUCGAGCACAACAAGAAGUUCGCUCGCGUCUACUUCGACAGGGACAACAAGCGCAGCAAUGUGAUUAGCCACAAGGUGCGAGUCCGCACGAACGGACGACUCGAAUGCCAACGGGUCACGGGCUAUAUCAAGGCCAAUACACGAGACAUUCAGACGCCAAUACGGUUCCGCCUGGAAUGCAAGCUAGACGAGCAGGAGCUGGUCGAUUCACCACUGAAACGUCUCAAUCCCAUUUUGGAUCAGACGCAGGCUCGCAUCGAGUUCGAGGGCACGUUCCAAAAGGAUUGCGGCGAUGAUGAUCAGUGCGACAGUGAUCUGCGACUUGUCGCGGAGCCGAACCUUACGGCGGAGGAUGGUAAAUACGCACUGAUACAGGGCAACAAAACGGAACUAGAGCUCACAGUGAACGUGAGCAAUCUGGCUGAUUCCGCUUACGAGGCUCAGCUCUUCAUUGUGCAUCAGAAGAGCGUCUCCUACAUAGCGACCAAGAAGCCGACGAAUGCAACUUGCAACAGCUUCAACGAGACUUUGGUGGUCUGCAGCUUGGGUAAUCCGAUGCUGAGGGGCACCAUGAUCCAUGUGACGAUACGCUUCGAUCCGAACAGCCUGGAGCUGAAAGAGACGGAAAUGUUGUUCCAUAUCUUUGCGAACACCACCUCGAAGCUGGUGGGUCCCGAGUUACCCGAACGCGAUGUGUUGGUGCAUGUGGUGCGACGAGCGGAGCUAAUUGUUCGCGGCUGGGUCAAUCCAGAGCAGAGCUUUUACAGUGGCGCCUCCACGCUGCAAGAUUCGCCUAUGGAGCUGAAAGAUGUGGGCUCACCGCUAGUCCACACCUAUUCGAUCUUCAACGAGGGUCCCUCGGCGGCGCCCAAGGUGCAGCUGAUUAUAUAUCUGCCGCUGAUGCUGGAGAACGGACAUGGCAAGGAUCUGGAGCAGGGCAAAGAGCAGUACUUGCAAUACCUGGAGGAAAAGCCCAGCAUAGAGACAGGCCAGGGCGAAUGCACUGUGGCACCCGAAUAUGUCGAUCCCCUGAAGCUCACCUCCAAGAUGGCUGCCAAUCUGCGCAGCGCCCACUACAUGAUCGCGCCCGCAGCCAUGAAGAGGUCGCCCGCGCAUCGCCAGUUUCAGGUGAACAAGACGCUCAGCUACAAUCAGGCGCAGAGCCAGAGCCAGACGCAGCACUGGAGCCAGCAAAAGUCUAGCCAGGAGCACGGCGGAGCGAAUCGACUGCCGCGCAGCACUUUCGAGCGCAUCGUGAGACCCGAACGAUUUAUGGACGGACGCGACUCGAGCGUCAAGAGCAAGAAACAACAGAUUGUUGAGCUCAAUUGCGACAAGUUCACGGCGCACUGCAUCAAGAUUCAGUGCGAGUUCUAUGCGAUGCCAGCGAAGACCGAGGCACAGGUGACGCUCAAAGCGCGCCUCUGGAACUCGACGCUGGUCGCCGAAUAUCCUCGCGUUGAUCUAGUACGCAUCAUAUCCACGGCCAUGGUCAAAAUACCAAAGGACUUUCAUGUGGAGCAGCUGGAGAACAAUGAUAAUAUAUUGGUGGAGACGCGCGCCUAUCCGGAACUGCUAGAUCAACAGCGGGAGCCCUUCCCGCCGUGGAUCAUUGUGUUGGCCGUGCUGGGUGGCUUGCUGCUGCUUGCCGUCUUUACGUACGGCAUGUGGAAGUGCGGAUUCUUCAAGCGAAAGCGGCCAACAGAUCCGACACUCAGCGGCAAUCUGGAGAAGAUGAACGAGGAGAAGCCCUUCCUGGCGGCCAAGAGCAGUCAACAUGUUUUCUAACAAGAGGGUACCGUCGGCUGGGAUCUGGUGCGACGUCUUGCGCCGAGGAGGAAGCGCAACCGGCUCCGCCAGAUGCGGCUGCACUGUGAGCAGCAGCGCCGGCAGCGGCAUUGGCAGCAUCAGCAACGGCAUUAUUUGCCCUGCAUCUGCAGCAGCAAAAACAGCAGCAAUAGCAACAAACACAACAACAACAACAACGAGGACGAGGAGGAAUUCGAUGUGUUGUCCUUGACACCGCCACCGCCGCCGCUGAGCUUCAUUAGUUGGAGCAGCGAUGGGUACUACCAGGCGAGCGCCGCCUGGUGGGGCCAUAUGUGAGCAGCUGUAGCUGUAGCUGUAGCUGUAGCUGUAGCUGAAGCUGAAGCUGAGCCUGAAUUGCAAUCCUGUAGCCGCUACACAUCCUGGCUGCGGGACUUUCAAUGUGCCAUUACGUUUACUUAAGUUUGAGCAACGGAACGGGAAACGGAACUUCCUUUGCCAGCGGGCCGCAGCGUCUGGUAAUUUACGACUAGUUAUGAAGGGCUUUCGACCAAAUUGUCAGCAUGCAUCAAUCAAUCAAUCAAUCCAUAAAUCCAUCGAUCGAGUUUAUUGAAUCGAAUCGAACUUCAAGCUAAGAUUCUUUUACGCUUACCACUUAGCUGAGACUCUUUCUGUCUCUGUCUCUCCCUCUCCCACUCUCUUUGGCCAUUACUCCUACUUUUAGCUUGCUCUUCCUACUAACUGCUUUCCAUUGAAAGCAUUAAACGAGCAUGGAGGGCUUAGAUUCCUGCUUCGAUAAACGUCAAAAGUUUAUCUCUUCAGCGAGCUAACUCGAAAGUGCAUAGUAAUUUUUGCCCAACAUGGAGGAACUUGCUAAAACUGUAAAGUGACCCUGGAGCGCUCUCUAUGAUUUUGUCUUCUUCCGCUUGUGUGUUGCCCUGCCGCUUGCACUGGUGCAGUCCACGCGACCGGGCAACACACUUAGCUGUUGAUCAUAUUACCGAUGCCUGAGUGAAGGUCUAUCCACAGAGAGAGUUACCUAGUUCUUCUGUUUUCCCCCUGCCCGUUCACUACGUCCCGAUCUGGUUGAUAACAUGCUACGAACACACCUGUGCAUUUAGGAAGGAGUCCAGCUUUUUGUACCAUAAUUGUUAUUUAUAUAAUGCUUAAGUUCGUAUCUAAGUGAAGGUGUAGAUUGAGUGUAAGAAACGUAAAAUAAUUCCAAAUUAUUUCAAAGGAGAAAUAAAAUGCAACAACAAAACAUUAAUAAGCCGAACUUAACGCUCCACAACCCCCAGAUCUAACCACUCGAAACUACUAUCACUGCCAGAAAGUACGUUAACAAAAAAAAAUAAAAUAAAAUAAAAUAAAAAUAGCUAAAAAUACCAGCUUCCGAAUUCUCGAAAUUAAAUCUAGUUUGGACUUACAAAAGUAUUAAUUCAAUAUUCAUGCCAAACUACAGAGAUCUACGAUAAAAUACGAGCAGUUCUUGAGCCUAGGCAAAUAUGUAGUGCAAUUCGCCCCAUUUGAAAAUUGUUUUUAUUCUCUAAACCUGAUCAAAGAAAAAACACGAAAAAAUGCCUUUACAAAAAUUUAAAAAUUUAGUAUUUAAGAAUUUUUUGUAACUGGAGAAACAUAUGUUUAAGUUCCAAAGUGCAUAGAAUAUAGGCUAUAAUAUUAGCGAUAUGUAUAUAUAUACAUAUAAAUAUACAGUGGAAUUCGGUUAUAAUGACUCCGCUUAUAGCGUUCGUACGGUUAUUGCGACGAAAAUUUUGGUCCCCAGACAAACUUAUAUGAGGAAAAUAAUACGUUUAAAGCGUUUUCCGGGUAUACCGACAGUACCCUGAGCGUCGUUAUAACCGGAUUAUAUUGUAUGUACAUAUUUUUAAAGUUUUUAAGUAACUUCAUUUAAUAUUAGGAAUUCGUAUAGUAAUAAUCUAUUGUGUAGCUGUAUAUAAUAAUUUUAUUUUUUUUUUUAAUCAUAAAUUUCUUUCCACUGCUCGGUAAUUGUAAAUAGCUUCAAUAAUUUUAUUGAAAUAAAUUUAAACACACCAUUUGAAACAAACGCAAUUUUUAAUUUUCACAACUGACGUUUAUCAACGCACGCGUAGCGCCAUCUGUGAGCAAAGGCGGUCACUAUAUUUCUGAUGCCGCCUAAAAGUGUGCUACAAUUUAUGCAUUUCUGCGGCAUUUGAAGUUCGUUAAACCGCUGCUUGGACUUGAGCGAACCGAAUCAUGAUUUUUUGUUUGAGAUGAUUUGAUUGUUUGAAUGCAUUGGGAAUAUAAAAAUUGAGUUGAUAGACCAUAAAUAGCGCAGAGUUCUUGAGGAUUUUCUGUAAUAAUCCGUAACAAUUAAUGUAAUAAACCAUCAAUAUUGUUGUGUAAUUUUGGAAUCCUUGUUAAAAUUAUGUAUGUAUAUUAAAACAGACCAAUUAUAUGGGCUUUAUUGUCAUA